UUGUCUCCUGCUUAUCAAAGGCGCCAAUCCCAAUGCAAAGAACCGAGCCGGCGCAACACCGACACUCGUGGCCAAACGCAUGGAGUUCCGCAAGGUCUUCCAGCUGAUGGAAAAGUUUGGCGGAAUCCUCCCCCUCAGCGACCACCCGAAAUCCAAGGCGCUUUCGAGGAGCAAGAGCCAUGGGCCAAUCCAGCAGCGGGAGGAUGUUCGCGACGAAACCGCUCCCAUCAAGCAGGCGCGCAAGCGAACCAAGAGUGCUCCGCUGGCAAGUCUCGACGAUGAGGAGCCAGAUUCCGCGAGCGCCACAGCCGAGCAACAACAGCAGCAGCAGCAACAGCAACAACAGCAGCAGCAACAGCAACAACAGCAGCUUCGAGACGCAUCGGAACCGUUCUCCGGCAGGAGUAAAAAGCACCAGCAGUAUCAGGCAAUAUAUGAUCGCCUCGAGAAGACUCUGCCGUCCAGUGCCCUGGAUUAUUGCAAUCUGGGCUACAUGGGCCUGACUCAAAUCCUGGUUGAAUAUGGCAGCAUGGUCAACAUCAACUCCGCCGACAACGACGGAUGCACUGCUCUCAUGAAGGCCGCGUAUCAGGGCUACUCGACAACAAUCUCUGAGCUGCUCAAAACCGGAUCCAAAAUCGACCAAGUCGACAAGGAGGGCAAUACGGCGCUCACCUGGGCAUGCUCUUCGGGCAAACUUGAGGUUGUCAGGAUUUUACUCCGCGCGGGAUCCAACCCAAAUGGCGAGCGCGCCGAGAGCAAAGCCGGGCUGUUCUCGUCCACGCCACUCAUGUCCGCAUGCUAUGGUGGCCACGUCGAGAUAGUGCAAGCAUUGUUGGACGCCGGCGCAGACAUCAACCAGCGAGUAGGCCCGAGACGUGGCCGCUCGCCCUUGAUGAUCGCCGCCUGGAUGAAGCACAAGCAUGUCGUCGAGCUCCUGGUGCGGAGAGGCGCAGUCGUCGAUCCCAAUCCGGACGACUGGCUCAAGAAAGGCAUUGUCCUUCUGAACAAGAUUCGCAAAAACGAGGAUGCCUGGCUCGAUAGCUGCGAAAACAUUGCCAAAAAGUACGACUCUUCGGGAAACCUCAAGAGCGGCCUGAUCACAUCUGGGAAUCGCCGAGAGAGUCUGAAGGACCGCUUGCUCUUCUUUUCGGCCGAAGAUAACGACGAGGUCGUGUCGCUGACCGAGAUUCUCAAGCAGCCUGUGCCGGCGAUGCCCGAGUCACAAAUCUCGAUUCAAGUCAGCGAUGCGACCUCGCCACAGUCUUCGACUGCGACCAGCGUCACCAGUCCGGCAGCGCCUGGUCCUGCGCCUGAUGAACCCGAGUUGAGUGUGCGGCGACGAAAUCCCCGACGCAAGAGCAACUACCGCCUGGGCAUGAACUUGGAGAAACUCGCCGGACACAAUCCCGAGAUUCUCUACGACCUGACGACACACAUCCCAGAACGUGGAACCGAGCUCGACAGUCUGUGGGUGGCCGUGUUUCAGUGUGUCAUUCAGUUGGUAAUCGCAGUUAACAAGAACAUCAAGCACCAGUACAUUUCAAUUUCGGCCUUGGCGAUCCAUCACUCUAGUGAGUUGAUCCGACACGUUGACGUCCUGAGCAAGCAGACACCCGGACGCGGCGAAGGAGAGCUUUCGUUCUUCACAGCCACUCCGCUUAUCGACAGCAUCAAGUCCAUAAGCAAACGAAUCAACGUCGAGGACUCCAAGAACCUCAUGUACGCAACCCGAAUCGCGAUUGGCGUCUGGCCGCCAACCCAUGCUGCGCUUGACAUGAUCAAGGCUGCAACCACGCUCGGGAAAGCUUGCAAGCAGCUUGCUGAACUUGCCAACCUCACUGGGCGGUUUAUAAUCAUCGACAAGCCGAUCAUCUUGGAUCCAAGCAAAAUGGGCGAGGAUACGGUGUCCGAUAGCAAGGACUCCAGCGUGCCCAACUCGUCGAGCAUCCAAAACUAUGACGAUUACAAGAGGAUCAACGAUCUGAGAUACAUCGAGCACAUGUCCAAGUCGUGCGAGACGCCCGAGACGCACGAGCUCUCCACGGCCCCCGAGAUCGACUACGAGUCUGCAUUUUUGUCGACGCUUGAUCAACUCCUUCUCGAGUUUGUCAACGCCGUGGCUGACAUCAAGCGGGUGUAUGACCAGCACAUGAAGGAAGAGUUUGUGACCGUAACGGCCUCGGCCAACCAGCGCGCAGAUUUGCUGAUCGAAGAAAUCAAGAACAGCGACAUUCUCGCCGAGAUCCCUCCUGAUCUUAGCAUCAGUGCCGAGGAAGCCGAGGCCAUCGAGUCACAGGGCAUUUCACUCGAGAUCAGCGCCUAUCCCUGUCUGAUCCAGCCCGUUUGGAAACACGCCAUCGACGAAGUGCAGGCUUCGUCCAAGACCUUGAUCAUGAAGGGCAAGUUUGCGGCCGGUAUCUGGCCACCGCCAUACGCCAGCUGGGACAUGCUGCAGAGCACAAUCCCAUGCUUGAUCUCGAUGAAGCGACUGAUUCUCCUGACGCGGGUGCUGAUCUCCAAGGUGCAAAUCGUUCUUGGAGAGGAUCGCAAGAAAAUGGAAAUGUGGCGUCUCGAGUGUCUCAAGAACGAGCGAGUCAAGCAGAUGUUCCAGGUCUGGGCAACACAGAUGGGCACAGCAGAAGGCGAAGAAACGGAAAUGCUCGAGAAGGCGCCAAGUCUCAGCCGUCUGAUCUCCGAGAACGAUGUUACGGAUGGCUUGGAGAUUGAAAUAUCGCCGAUUCUGAACGAUCCGAUUAUCCGCGGAGGCAAGCUGAGCAAGCUGAUCGAUCAGCUGGCGCAGCUCGAGAUAACAAGCGAGUAUACAUCUGCGUUUUUCCUCACCCACCACUCGUUCACGACAUCGAUCGAGGUCCUGAAUCAUCUUGGCAAGCGCUACGAAACAACUCCACCGUACGGAUUGACCCAGCAGCUUUUUGACGAGUACAUCAGCCAGAAGCUUGUUCCAAUGCGCCUGAGGAUCUGCAACGUCAUCAAGCUGUGGAUUGAACGACACUUUCUCGAGGACUUUGGUGAAAACGAGCUGUUACUUCUCAAGGUCCGCGACUUUAUCCACACCAAGAUUGCGGUGGACUUCCCAAAGGUUGCAACAGCGAUGCUUCAGCUGCUCGAAGAAAAGAUCGAGGUCCCCUAUGCUUUGUCAGAGCCACAGUCGAAUCCAAACGCACUCGUCCCUAAGCCGAUUCUCCCUCGUCAUCCCGACCUGCAUUCGCUGCUCCAAGCUGACCACAGCGCCUUCCUGGAAAUCGAUCCCAUGGAAAUGGCACGCCAGAUGACUCUGAUUGAAUUUGAUCACUUCCGUCAUGUGCAGGCGUGGGAAUGCACCGAUCAGAUCUGGGGCGACAAGCGAAAGAAGGAGCUUGCGGCCAUCUCGGCGCUGCAAUCUCGUGGCAACCUCGCCAGCAUCAAAUCGAGCGCCGGCAUAUCCAGGAUGAUCAAGCACACCAACAAUCUUACAAUGUGGGUGGCAAACUGCAUCAUCACAUGCGAGCCCCUCAAGCCGAGGAUCGGCGUGCUUCGGUACUUUGCCCAAUUCGCACUGUACUGCAAAGAGCUCAACAACUUCAACGGAGUCACCGGUAUCGUCGCGGGGCUAUCCAUGGCGCCGAUCAAGCGUCUGAAGAAAACAUGGCAGGGAUUCCAAGAAAAGUUCCCCAAGGUUCAUGAUCAAUACGAGGACCUGGCCGACCUCGUGAGCCCCAAGGGCCAAUACAGCAACUACCGAAAGGCGCUCAAGUCCAUGAGGCCGCCGCUGAUUCCAUUUCUUGGCGUAUAUCUUACGGAUCUGACAUUUGUGGACCUGGGCAAUCCCUCGUUCUUACCCAACUCCAACUACAUCAACUUUGAGAAGCGCCGUAAGGUAUACGAGAUCGUCAAGGAAAUCCUGGGGUAUCAGAAGGUGGCGUACACAUUUGCCAAGGUGCCAGCGAUCAUGGAACUGAUCAUGGGGCUCGGGUCGCACUACGACGAUCGGACGCCAUGGAGCGGGCGGAGCGGACACUCGCUCAUGAACGAGGACGAGCUCUAUGAGCAGAGUCUCGUAAUCGAGCCGCGGGAGGAGGAAGACGACGACGAGGAUGACGAGUGGUAGAGGCGGUGAAAUAUAGACAGUGUGAGUCCCAAGCGGAGCCGAACCGGCCGAGCGAUAACAGCAGAUG